UUGCAAUUUUGACUUUUAGGUUUAAUUUUUUUAACUUGUACCGUAAUUCAUUUUUUAUCGCCAAUGGUAUAAUGAAGCUUCAUGGUUGAGUUAAGCCGUUUUUCCGAUAUUAGUGAUGGGUGAUCUUUCUUUGUGCUUAAUCGCUGCUGUCAGUUGAAAGUGCGAUCGAUUGGGUGGUAAAGAAGCAAUUAAAAUGGAGCAAGAUCCGAGUCUGGGUCUUCCUCCCGCUCUUCCCAUCCCGAGCUUCGACACAAGCGCCCCGAGCCAUGCAACAAUCCAGUGGACCGAGGCGCACCCAUUGAAUAAAGCCUGGUUCUUGCAUGUCGUUGCAAUGGCAGACAUCAAACGAGAUUUCAAAGACCGCCAGGCAGAAGCAGACGAAGCUGUGGAUGGCUUUGAGGCGAUCAGUGGGACGUUUGUGACUACACAAGUCGUAGAACGAAUUAUCCAUCUCAAUUUCAAGAUCUUAAGCAGUCUGCAGCCCAAAUUUGUUCAGGAGGAUCAGCAGAAUGCCCUUCGACGAACGAUUGUGCGUCUGGUGCAUCGUCUGGCACUACUGGAAAUUGCGAGACCACUGCAUAACGAACUGUUGAAGCAGCUUAUUCCUCUGAUUGCAGCUGACAACGAAGAAGUUGGGAUUCUUUGUCUGAAACUGAUUUUGGAAAUUGUGAAAUUAGCACGUUCCAGUGCUUUGCAGCAGGCACCCACAGCUAUAUUUUCCAAUCCGCUGUUGUGCUCGUUCAUUGUGGACCUCUUGAAGCGAUGGGCAAAAUUGCCUGUCCUGGUGGAAAAGAUCAAGAAUUUGGGCAAUAUCGAAAUCCCCCUGACUGCUGACAAUGUUGUCGAUAUUAAUAAUCUGGCUGAGCAGUUGCUUUGCUCUGUGGAGAUUACACGAUCCAAUCGGGACGAACCAAACGUCAACCCUAAUACUAUUUUCGUAUUGCCAAAAGCCACAAAUUCGCUGCGGUUCCUUGCCGAAAGUAUAUUUCUUAUAAUGUAUACGCAGCAGAAUAUCAGGCCGAAGAUUGUCGAAAUGUAUCCCCAGUUUGGACAGGAUAUUGUUACUGUCUUGCGAGUGGAUUUCAACGCGGAAGAAAUCGAGAAGUACAUUCAGUCGUUAACGGAAUCUCUGGAUCAAGCCCGUGUUCUGGGAGCGUAUCAUGAAUUUAUGUUAGCUUACUGCAAAGUGCCACAACUUUUCGCAUACGUAGUGAGACAUUUUAUGCCAUCAACCGACCAGGCUACGAUUAUUGGCGCUGGCAUUGUCAAGCUGCUGACAAUUUGUCCGAAGGAAAUCAUUUGGGGACGGAGAGAUGUGUGCGGCGCUUUGAAACUCAUCGCUCAAUCUGAUUAUCGAACUGGAUUGAUUCCAUACAUCCCGCAGCUGGUUGAUGUGGACUUUCUUGUCGGUUCGGCCAGUGGCUCGAAAGAUAUGCUGAAAGCACCAGCAAUUACGAUAGCAAUGGAAGCACUGCAUUACCUACGCAGCAAUUUGUCGUUCGCGACAUUCGAGCAAGUGACGGAUUUGUGUAUCUCGUAUUUUUCGGAUCGCACACUGGGAUUAAUGCUGCAUAUGAACGUUCUGCGGACUGUCAGCACCAACCUCUCCGAAAGCAUGGUUCAGAAAGCACGCGAAGAAAAUAAGCUGGAGGAGUGUCGGGGUGUUAUUAUGAAGAUUUUCAGCAUGCUCAGUCUGCGGUUAAAAGUCAUGGUCAAAUACUCGUUACCUGUAUAUAAAACGAAAGCUAAAAGUGCACUGGCACAAGGUUCAACCGUGGAGCCGACGGAAUUAACUGAUAACGCCUCGCAGAAUCUCCAUGAGCAGCGCGGAUUUUUACGGGCCAUUUUUAAUGCCGUUAAAACAUUUUUGUGGUGCGUCCGGGAAUGUGGUGCGGAAGGCCAGCCCAACAUUCGAGCGGAGGAUCUUAAGAUAUUCACCCGAAUCUGCAAAUACGGUGUUCAGGCAACGGAAUUGUUUGUUGUUGGUAUUCCCCCGCAUUCGAAAUCAAACUCCUCCAUCUCUGCACGACCAUCGGAGAAGGAAUUUACAGAGCACGUUGCUGACGCAAUGAAGCAGUUUCCUCUAGACAUCUACCGGGAUAUCUUUCAGCAUAUAUUUUGGCGCUUUUUGGAGUUAUUUAAAGAUGAUCAACUCCAGCAAAUUUUGAGUGCAUUGCUGAAUUGUCUUUUGCCGUACCCUGGCUUUUCGGGCAUUACAACAACCACAAUGUUGGACGUGGCGAUUCCUCGAUUUCCGGAGCUGGCGGAAGCUGGAAUGGAAGUAUCAUCCUCCGUUCUUCAGAUUUUUAAAAUCCUGUUCGGUGCGGUAUCGCUGUAUCCUAAGGAAGUCGAGCAGUACUUCAAGCCUCUGGUGCAGAAGAUCUUCCAGCAAGGGUUUUAUUUGGCCAUGCGAGCACGAGAUCCAAUUAAUUUGUUCCUUAUGUUCCGAGCAUUCUUCCGAGCCAUGGGUGGCGGGGGGCACGAAGUAUUAUACCAAGAUUUCCUGCCAAAUUUCCCGAUGAUUCUCCAAGUGUUGUGUACUUUCCAUAGUCAGCGACAGAAACCGAAUUUCCGAGACAUCUUUAACGAAUUGUGCUUAAUUGUACCUGUGCGGCUUAGCACUUUGAUGCCCCACAUUAGUUUACUGGCUCCGGCGAUAUUGACUGCCAUGCAGGGAGCACCACAAUCCGUAACGCAGGGCCUUCGUACAUUAGAACUGAGCAUCGACAAUAUGCAGAGCGACUACCUUUAUGAACAGCUCGAGCCUGUGAAAAAAGACCUGAUGAAGGCUCUUUGGAAUAUCAUGAUGACUGGUAGCAACCAAAUGCAAAUUUCGGCGCUGAAGUUUCUGGGUAAGAUUUGUGGGCACGCCUUGAAAGCUAUCAGGGAACCACAGCCGCUGCACCCCAAAACGAUGGAGGAUGAGCUGGGACCUUGUCUAACGCUGCAAAUGCCGGCGGUACAACCAGUACAAGAACCCCUGCAGUUGCCGUUGUACCGUUUAAUCGAAGAAUCGUAUAAGAUAUUGCUGGAGCCCACCAUCGAUCCCACUAUUCGAAGUGCCGCCUGGAAUAUUGUGCAGUCGUUCCUGUUGGGGAUUAUUAGACCCGAUACAAACAUGCAGAUGUUAGAAAAUUUGCUGCAUCAUCCUAGUUUCAGACACAGUGAAAAGCGGAUGUUAUAUGUGGUCCACCAGAACAUCAAUCUGGACACUCCGUAUCCGAAAUGUGUGGACGAGAAAAACCGAUUUGCUGUUCAGAUGUGCCUGCAAGGUCUGAUGGUGGCAUGCGCUACAAAAGACUUCCAACCGAUUGCCGUACCUUUAAAAACGAAAUUGGUUCGCCAUUUCUGUUUAAUGGCAAUCGUUCAGCAGCACAAUUUCAAGUCAGAAAGUAAAACUGACGCCGGGUCCCCUCGAAAUUCGCAUCCUGGCGAUGCUAUCGAUCCAUAUGUGAUGUUGGACGCCUUAAUUUUUGUACUGGGCCAAGAAGAACCUGCCAUCAGUAAAACGGCCAACGCUGCAAUUAUGUUGAUUCUGGAAACGCUGAACGCAGUGUAUGAGGAUUUGAAAAAUUGUGUGGGAUUACCGUACCUCGGUUACCUGUAUGAGAAGUUGCAUUCACUGUGCUAUGACAAAUCGUGGUGUUGCAAAGCUGGAGCACUGUCUGGCCUGGACAAACUUGUCGUUUACAUGCCGUGCACGUGGACAAUGGAAAUGUCUGCAUUACUUACACGCGCGCUUAUGUUUGUUUUACGGGAUAGUUUCCAGAAGAUGACAUACGGGAUCAUCGAUCAGGCAAAAAAGUUAUUGGAGCGCAUCUUGAAUACGGUAUUGAAACCGCCGGGCUUGGACGCUUUACCACAGGAAAUUCAAAAUCUCCGGCAACAUGCCCUGCAGGAAAUCAUCCGAGAAUUUAUUCCGAAUACGAUAUGUGUGGUGGAUGAUGUACGAAAACAGGCAAUGGACGGCCUGAAAUUUAUCGCGGAAGCACUGCAUAAGCCUCUUGGUGACGUCCUCGAGCCUCAUAAAAAGCUCCUUAUAGAAUUCGUUCCUCCUAAGGGAAUUUCUAGUCUGAAAUCGUAUCAAAUGGCUCAUCAAACUGCUCUGCUGGAGGCCAAUGAGUUCUUCUUGACUCUCUCCCCUCCUGUUGUUGCAUACGAUCUGAACAAGGCGGAAGAUUACGAAAUAGUCAGAGAAGUGUUGGAUUUUGUGAUAUGCGAAGAUGAGAAGCUGCAAAAAUCGUACCCUUGCUUCGAUCCUAAUCAGUAUUAUCCAGUCAGUUUUCUGCCCUUCCGAAUAGCCGCGUUUAAGUUCCUGACGACCUUUGCCUCGGUGCCAUCUAUCUCUGCAGCUGUGCACCUGGUGCUUUUCAAUACACUCUCCCAAGGGUCGGAAGAACUUCUUGACAUUACGACAGAAUGUUUGAAAAAAUUUGCAUCGCUUUCCAAAAGCGGGCUGGAUGUGGUGACUGCCCAUAUCGCUUCUUGCUCCGAAAGGCUGAAGAAUCCUGCAUCCUGGAAUAAGGACCUGACGGACCGGUUAAGUCGUUUGCAGACCGUAUAUCCGCAGUUGUUCACGGAUGAGUUUGCUACCAUGACGUAUGCAGCACUGCAGCCCAGUCUGGAUAUUGCAUCGGAAGAACAGAAAGAAACACCACAUAUUUGCGAUGGGGUUAAGAAGUGUGCGCUGAUGAUAACCUUACUGCGUCGUACGGCAAAGGAACCGGAGAAGUAUGUCUCUAAUUUGGUGGACCUGGUGUCGACAACAGAAGAAACGCUGAUGUCUCGGAACGGACGACAGCUAACAAAUGCGUUAUCGGGAUACCUGACUGGAUACGGUGCGAUGGUGGUGGACUUAUUUUUCGCGGAAGACAGGAUUCUCACUCCAAAAUGGACUGAAUUCUUUGAGAAGCUGCUAAAGGGGAAGGAUGAUUUCGCGGCUGAGUUGAAACAACAGCUAACCAGCGGAAAGUUAGCCUAUAUUGUACGGCUGAUCACGUUUGGCGAUGAUUAUGAAGCGAACUGGCGACGAUUAUCGGUUGGUGUCCGGAUUCUCUACUUGCUGACCAAACGCGAUCCACAGUGGCUAAUUGCGAAUCAGGAAAUUAUUGGGCUCCUACGCUCAGUCUGGAAUAAUCCGUCGUAUCAUGCUAAAUUGCGGAACACUGCCAAUCAACAUCAUGACACGUGGGAGUUGUCUGUGAAGUUUCUGGUACUCCUGAUGCUGAAUGUUCGCAUGCAUGGAGAAGAUUUUGAUGCCCUUUUCGAAAUGACACGGCAUUCGUCGCGAUCGAUCGCGGAAGGAAGUCGUUGGCGGCAGUUUGUAGAGUGUCACAUUGUUCUGAGUCUUUCGCCGAAACAUCGCCGCGAAAUGUUCCUUAAAUGGCUGGAGUUGGUGAAGCAACGAAAGUACAGUGAUGAAUAUUUGUCGGAAAUCUGUGAUUUGAUUAUACAGCCGGUAUUGAAGCAGCAGUUUAUGCAGCCCACUGCGGAUCAGAUGAUUAAUGACACCUCAAAGACGGCUACUGCAGGUGCUGCACAAGGUAACCUUAUCAGUAUCACCGUGGACGCGUUGCUGAAUAUGGAAUUUUUGCUUAAACUGUCGGAUAUUCUGCGUGUCUCCAUACUAAAGCUGUUUGCACUGUUCACCGAGCAAGGAGAAAAUUAUUUUCCGGAACCGAAAGUGGAAAAGGACAAGCUGCUGGCUCGCUUCUGCUUGGUAGCUUGUGGAUUGCUUCAAAAAAGAGAGCAGGAACAUAUUCAGAUUGAUGUGGGAACGAUUUUUCAGUCUCAAAAUUUGUUAGCCCAAAUUUCCAUUCGGUAUACUAUUCCCCAAUCCUUUUACAUGACGAUUUUGCGGAGCCUGUUUACUGGUGGAAUGAUGGAACGGGGAUCGAAUAAAUCUGCAAUUGACAUUCUCUUGCCGAAUAUGAUCAGCCGCACGACGGAUGGCGCGAUGUUAUGCUGCAGGUUCCUCCGGCGAUAUGUAACGGACGAUAUGUCUAACUUGUCGAAUAAUUCUGUGAUUUUUUCCGCAAUAGUGCGGCAUCAUCUGGCGCUGUAUAAUUAUCGAGGACAUUUUAUUGGGAUUAUGGUACAGAAUUCGCAGAAGUUUGGCUUGGUCACGACCACCCAGAUCGAGUUAAAGCGGACAGCUGUGGAAAUGUUGGAAUGUAUUGUGCACUGGGAAGCCAUACGGAAGGGAGUCGAUGUGGACGGCGCAGACGGGGAGGGCCUCUUCGGUGGUACACACAAAAAUGUACCGAAGCGGCGGCCAAGUAUGGUCCCCUUGCCGAAAGAUGAUAAGCCUUUGGAUCAGAAGAUGGCAGACAGUAUUGCCAAUAUUUUAUUGCGAUUGUCCUUCAUGUUCGGUGAGACAAACCCGAUGGAAUCGUUUGGAAGGAAGUGUAUCCGAAUCCUUAAGUUCUUUAUGAAGAAGGAAAUGUAUUCCACCGCCGAUGUCAAGCUGCAGUGGCUGGAUAAAGUCCUCAAUCCCGAUCAAGCGGCGAAACACAAUACCGCCGACCAAGGAGGACAGGCUGCAUCGAGUAAUGUGUCGGGAAUUUGUUUGGCCCUGGAAACGUUAACUUAUUUCGUUCCCAUCCUCAUGCGCUCGCAUUGUUUAAAUGUGAUCCAUGAUCUUUCUCCCAGUCUGCAGAAAGUGAUGCACCAGUACAACGCUCGCAUCGCCAAGUGUAUGAAUCAGUUGGUAUCAAAACUCUGCGAGACCUGGCCCGGUGACCCGUCGCAACGCAACCUUCCUUCUCAGCUGGAAAGUUUGUACUCCCACAUUAUCAAGACCAUCCACGAGGGCCUUGGUGAGUACGAGAAAACCACACCGGGACACCCGAUUCACAUUUUCUGCACCCUGAUGCUGCUAAAAGCCACCAUGCAGCAUGUUCCUUCCAUUCUCGAGCGUUUUCUUACGAUGAUUGUCAACUGUGCCAAGAAGAUCACGGAUGAGCAUCUGGGUAUUAAAAGCAGCGGACAACAAGCCCAGACCCAGGAUGGGUUGGCGUCGGGUGAAUUGGUGGUGAUUGUGUUGGAUAUCAUUAAAGUGCCCAAGUUCUUUGAUUCCACCUCAGGAAAUUCCCAUCGACAGUCGAUAGUGCAGAUUAUGAACGACUUAAUCAGUCGCGGUACGGAUGUCAGAGUGCAUAGGGCGUUAAUUCAGAUAUUCGACGACUGGUUGACGGCAGUAGAGAAACAGCCGGAACCCAUUUCGUUGUCAGCCAUGAAGGCUGCGCCAGUUCUGCCCGUGCCUGUGCCGACCAAGAAAACCAAAAAGAAAAAGAAUGAGGAAAGGUCGGAAAGUGAGCCGUCGUCCGUGGAUGUAAAGAAAAAGAAGAAGAAAAAUAUGAAGGAUGUCGUUAACGAACCGAUUAUGCCGCCGGCCUUGCCGCCUCCCCCGGAAGAUGUGCAGACGUUGUCGCACAAGGACUUGUCCGCACUGAUCCUGAAGCUGCAAGUUCAGCUGGAGCGUAAAUUUCCAGACGAAAUUGAUCUACAGACGAAGUACACCAACUUGAUUUACAAGAUUGCUUUGUCGGAUGACAAGCGUAUUUUGGACCUGCAGCAGCGUUUGUUUAAUUCCUAUAUGUAUGGCCUACGACACCCGGAUCCAGAGUGGCGGAAAAAGUUCUACACCAUCUACAACAACGAUUAUCCUAAGCAUCUCUACGAUCGCCUGACCUGUCUGUUUAAUGGUUUUAACUGGGAUAUGUGCAGUUACACCUAUUACAUCGGAUUCUGCAUCAACAGCAUCCUGGACGUUGCCAACAAUAUCGACAGCGGUGUGACCAUUGCAAAUGGAAAAACUAUUCAGUCUGUCACGGCCAGUGUACCAGAUGCGUCGGCUUUGCAGACAGGAACGGCAAACCAACGCGACAAGGCGAAUUUGAAUGAGAGUUUCUCGGAAAGUUGUUCGGACAAUGGCACUGUUGAUUCACUAAUGGACGAAACACCGAAGAUGAAGUCGCUUUCGGUGGGUGUAUUGGUUGAGAAGGUGUACAAAUUGAACGAGAUGACCAAAGCCGCUUCGGCGCGAACACUAUUGGAGGGAGUGUAUCAGCUGUGUAACUCCCGAAAUCAACUGGCGCAUGAUGUUUGGACGGCUCUGAUGCCGCAAAUUUGGAAGAUUUUAACGGGCGAGCAAAAAGAAGAAAUUGUGGGCGCUUUCAAAGCCUACUUGAUGCAGCAUACCCACCAGGCACAGCGGGACUUGGCCCAUUUUCCCAUCCAGGCCAUGUUCGAUGCCAUGAGCAAGUGCGAAGGCGCCCAGUUCAAGCUGCAUCCAGUGGCCGUGAUGUUUUUGGGAGAGCGACAAAAUCUGUGGUAUCGAUCGGUGUUUUUGUUAGAAGAGAUGGCCAUUCCGGCUCCCGUGUUGGUGCCGAAUCAGAAGGGCGGCAAUAAAGCUCUGCAACAGUCACCGUCCGAUAAUGACCCUGCCGCUGCUAUGAAUCAGCUGGCCCGCGGGGCCCUGUGGAUGACGGAUGAAUCCUUGGCGCGGAUGUACUCGGCAUUGGGUGAAGAUGAUUUUAUGGCGGCAGUCUGGCAGCUGCGUGGAUUAAUCACACCGAAAUCCGAUCCCCAGGUUCCGCGACCGAUGCCGGAUUUUCGAUCGGGAUUGGGCUUUGAACGCCAGGGAAUGUACUAUGAUGCCAAAGAAAGCUAUGACAAAGCCAUCGAUACGUUCCUGGUGGAGUACCGCGAUAAGUCAGCGCCGGAUACGCAUUUUGGUGAGCUGCAGAUUCUGACCGAACGCUAUGCGGAAAUCCUGCGACAGCUGAAUAUGUGGCCAGCACUGUACCACACCGCGGUUUCCGAGGCGCUGAAUAAUCCAUCGAUGGCGCUGGAGGCCGCAUGGCAUCAGGAUUUAUUCGACGUGGUACCGGCUCUGCUGCAGAGUGCUGGGAAACAGUGUCCACCUCGCGAAGAAUUGAAUUUCGGUUUCUGUAAAGCAUAUAAUGCCAUGCAUAAAGUACUGAAGGAAGGCUUGAACAGCCCACCGUCAGCCUACAAGGAUGAAGGAGUCGAUAAGUUAAUUGAUGUACUGCAGCAAAUGUGUAUCAAAAUGUGGCGUCACCUGCCAAAAACGGGAACGAUGGCACAUCGUCCACUUAUUGAAAUGGCAUGUCGUGUCGGCGAUCUGAAAGAGUUGCUUGGUAUUUUACCGGCUUUACACAGCGCACAACAGUGUAAUCUGCACCACGUUGGCUCGCUACGAAAUAUGGUGAAAAACUGGAAAGUGCGUGUGCCAAGUUCUGGGGAUGAUUUGCGCUUCUGGGGAGAAAUUACAGAUCUCCGCUCGCAAAUCCUUACCCACGUGAUUAACUUGUCCACCGAAGUAUCACAUGCCUGUAACAAUUUGGACAUCACCAACAACCUCACCGCAUUCCCGAUCAUGUCCAUCCAUACGAUCUCACAGAAUCUGUUUAAUUUUUCGAAGGCUGCCAGAUUGCAGCAGCUGCCGCGUUUCGCAGUCGAAAUUCUUAGCCGCAGUGUUCAAACACUACCGGUGGUUCCGCUGGUGGACUGCUUCGAACGGGUCCGCAACCAUGUGAUGGCCUGCUUGGAUCUCUUCAGUCAGACGGGGAAUCGGGAUGAUCUCUUCUCGGCACUGGAAGCCAUUGAAGGCGUUACGACGUCAUACUUCACCAAAGAAAUGAACUCGGAACUGGGCUCGCUGCGUGGUCAAGUCGCUAUGAAACUGCUAAGGCCGGAAGACGGACAGCGGUUACUGUCGAGCGCCGUGCAGCUUUCCGAAAACUGCUGGGACGGUUGGCUGAAAUUUGGAGAUUAUUACGAAGAGCUAUUCUACAAAAAUCCCGCGGAUCUAUCGAAUGCCAAGCGGGCGGUAGUAGCGUACAUUUUUGGCUCGAGAAGCCACACCGAAGCGACAGCUCGUGAAUGUUGCGCCAAAUUGUUAGCCUUGCUCAAUCACGACGAUGCCAGUGGAACUAUCUCUGCUGCCAUUGAUGAAGCUGGAAACAUAAUACCACCCAGCACUUUAGUGUUUUGGGUUCCCCAGUUGAUCCAUUUAAUGAUGCGCGAUGAAACCGCCCAAGCCUCUUUUAACUUGCUAACCCACGUAGCCAAGGGCCACCCGCAGCCGGUAUUCCUGCACGUUCGCACGUAUUUCCGGCUAAUGAAAGUGGUGGAGCUCAGCAAAGAUUCAACAGCUCCUAUGGGCGUCUCCUCCUCCACUGCGCCCACGCCGGUGGAAGUCAAGCAGUUGAACAAGCGGCGACGUAAUCAGCGCGAUUUGCCUCCGUUGCCCUUGGAAGAGAAAAUCGAUCUGGACGCAGCCCACGUGGCCGACGGCGCCAUGGUACGGGCGUCGAGUUUCGUCAUGAACUGCGUGAAUAUUGUCCGGAUCAUCUCGGAGACACAUCCGGUCCUGUGCAAUGCCCUGGAGAAUUUCACGACGCAGAUUAUGGGGAUUACUAUGGCCGCGGAUCGGUGGCAUGAAGAUCUGUUGGCGCAUCUCAUACAGGCCCUGAAGAAAUGUUAUGCGCUGGAGUUUGAAAACCGGGAUAAAGUCAUGCAGGCCAAAAUGACACCGUCGAUGAUCCAGUGUAUGAAUACGAUUGUCAGGAGUUUUGGUACAGGUGUGUAUCAGGAACCGGGAGGCGCCGCGGGGAGUGUGCCGAAGACACUGGGCGAUGUCACAUCCGAAGCCAUCCAACGACGAGCGCAAGCGUUGCAGACGAGCUCGGAGUAUAACAAGCUUCGCAAAGAUUUCGUUAAGGAUUUCGACUGCACUGAAGCGGAGAACCUGAAACUCCAAACCAUGAUUUCCAAAUUGAAGAAGUGGAUCCGCACUUUCGAAAAGGUGAUCAAAUCGCAUCCCGGAUACACGUAUCUGGACAUGCAUCAUCGUCAGCUGAUCAAUUUCACCAACUUCACGGCGGAAAUGGAGCUACCCGGUGACUUUACCAUUCAGCGGAAUCCUCACAUUAACCGUGUCAUGCAGAUCCUGCCACGAAUGGACGUUGUCUUCAAGCAUAACAUCAUAUGCCGGAGGAUAUAUUUUGUCAAUAAUGUGGGCGAGACGAUUCCGUAUUUAAUCAUCGCCGACAAUGCCAACACCCUGCAGGGAAGAAAGGAGGAACGGAUAUUACAGAUGUUCUCAGCUGUCAAUCCAAUUUUUGAAGAAUUUCCCGAAUCGAACAAACGAACGCUGAAGUAUUACGUGCCCAAGGUUACACCCAUCGCCCCGGCUAUUCGACUGAUGGAAGAUAGCCAGAAUUCCGUCUGUAUUUGGGAUGUGUAUAAAAAGUACUGCGAUAAGAAGAAUAUCGAUUCAGAUGGACCGAUCAUGAAAUUCUACGAACGAAUCGUUGCUGUCAUGCACCGAAACAACCAGACGUUAACCAAUGCUACGUUGCGUGAUUGCUUAAAAGAAACCCAGAUUGCGAUGGUCCAGCCUCGGGUGUUGCGAGAUUAUUUUUGGAAACUAUACCCGAAUGCUGACGAAUACUUCUUAUUCCGCCGAACGUUUAUCCGAUCUCAUGCCAUCCUCAGUAUGGCAGAACAUCUGCUGCGUUUGACCAAGCUGGUGCCGGAUAUGAUGCACAUCCACAUUGAGAGCGGUGUGGAAGGUGUUUAUUCCUAUACAUUUGAGAUGGACGACAGAACAGGAGAACGCCUAAUUCAGCGGACUGUACCUUUCCGAUUAACUCCCAAUCUGACUGAGAUCUUUACGGUGUACGGUGUUCAAGGUCCCUUUCAUCAUUCGAUGGUGGCCGCUGCCAGAGCGCUAAAACUCAGCGAAGCGAAAUUCAAGGCGUACGUGAAAACGAUUUUCUCCGAUGAAGUGACAUAUUGGAUGAUCUUCCGUAAAGAGAUGAGCAACAGCUUAGCCUUUGCUGACUCCCAGACCACCGAUAAAGGCGACCCGCUCCCACCGACACCCUCUUCUUCCGCGCCCAAGUCACUGCUGGAGAAGCAGCUGUCCGAGCCGGAUAUGCAGAGUUUAGUGCAGCGCGGUGUUAGUCAGGUGCUGGGUGAUCUGAAUGAACUCGUGCAGUUCCAAGGACACGAGAGUCAUGCGCUCAAAUUGAUCAACAUCGCCAAGAGUCCCGAUAAUCUCUGCCGGAUGGAUCCGUCCUGGCAUCCGUGGUUGUAGACGAACGGAAAAUGCGAUUUGCCCGAUCUGUAUUGUUAGGAACUAAGGGGGUUGGUUCAGAUGUGUUGGUUUGUUGAUAUUUGAUUGCGAUUGAAGUGAUUCUGGAAACCGAAACCGUACCUUUACUUUUGUUGAUAAGUUUUAUUUGUUUGUUAUUGGUUAUUGUUGUGGUGUAGCCUGCCGGUUGCGGCUAUGAGAAUUAAUAUCGUGUCAAUGUUUUGUUGGCAGAAGGUGAAACUUGAUUGCAAAAAAUUAAAUUUGUAAAGAAGCAGAAGCCAUCCGU